AUGAAUCUUUUCUGCCCGCUGCUGGCAGUGUUGUGUUGUGGCUGCGUGUUUUCCCGCUGCGUACACUCGGUGGGCUGCCGCCUUUUUUUGUUAUUUCCAUCUGAUUUCUCUGCGCUGUACUCUAUUUGUUUUCCCCCUCCUCCUGCUUAUCCCUCCCUUCCUCGCUGCCUCGCAGCCCAGCGACUCUACUCUCACUCUACUGCGGCGGAUGGCGACGAUGCUGAUGGUGCGGCGCAGUGCGGUGUGCGCCCUGGCGCUCCUCGCGCUGCUGUGCGGCUUAUGCUGCACCUCCGUGUGGGCGGAUGCGACAGGGCGUGCGCCGUCCACAGUGCCGGUGCAGGUGGCGUGUAA